UUUAGGUUUACACUAAAACAAAACAAAACGCAGUGCAGUCGAACAAGAAAACACCGCCUCCACCCUCACCCUCUCCGGGACCACCUCCUCUCCUCCGGCGCUGUCCUUUCUCCGGCCGUCCUCCUCCGGCCGUCCUCCUCCGGCGUCGUUCUUCACAGGUCACAGCGACCACCUCCUCUUCUCCGGCGCCGUCGUUCCUCCGACCGUCCUCAUUCAGCAGUGGUUCUUCACAGAUUCACGAUACAGAAAAUGCCCAAAAAGAGUUCAUCCAAAUCCAAACCAGGGCUGCAGAACCCUAAGGUAGCAAGUUGGGACAUGUCGAAAAAAACGACAUCUAAAUCACCCAAACCUGCGUUAAAAAAACAAACCUUAGCAAAGGAGAAACCAUCCUCCUCACCAAAACGAUACGGGCAAGAAAUCGAUGAAAUCUUCGGUAAGAAAAGAAAGAAACCCGAGGAGCAGAAGACUAGCAAAGCGAAUAAAAAACCAAGUAAAGAUUCAAAAGAUGAUGAAUCCGUUACCCGAAAGAAAAAGAAGAGUAAAUCUGGCGGUUCUAAUGUGGAUAUGUUUGAAAAUGAAGCGGUGGCUAAACCGAGGCGGAAAACUGCAGACGGGCUAACGAUAUACAGAGAAGAGGAGUUGGGGUUUGGUAAGGCGGAUGCCGGUGGUACCCGUUUAUGUCCUUUUGAUUGUGAUUGUUGUUUCUGAUGUUAUAUUAAAAAUAAACUGUUUUAUGUUAAACAUAGUUUUGACUUGUUUAGUUCAAUACUUCAAUUGAUUCUGCAAUCAUGUAACGUUAGUUUUUGGUUCG